AUGUUGUCUUCGGCGGAAGAGUUCUUCCGGGGCUGGAACGUGUUCACCCUCCUGGCCGUGCUUUCGCACCUGGCGAAGGUCUGUUUGACGAUGACGGUUCUCAAGUAUCUCGACUCUACAUGGAAGAGUAUGGGGGACUUCGGUGGAGCGCUCGUCCUGCACUGCCUGCAUGUGGCGCUGCCGAUGUUCUCCAAGGUGUUCGACGCGGAGAGCUUCUUGUCCAUGUGGGUGGUCACGGUGUCCAUGGCGGCAUACGUGCUCUUGAAGGACGACCACAUGCGCAUCAUGGCCCUGCACGAGUCGAUCGAGAGGCUCCGCGGCACCGGCGGCACGUGCAGCCCCCGGAGCGGCUCCGACCUCGGCCUCUCUCGCCAGGCGUCCGGCGACCUCGACGCCAUCCUGGAGUCCCCGGGCCUCUCCCGCCAGGCCUCGACGGAGUUCACGCCCUCGGCCACCGCACCAUUCCCGGCGCCUGCUACAGGAUGA